AUGGCUGUGGAACUUAGAGUGUGUGCGUUUGUAGAAAGUUUUUGCGACGUUUUGGACUGUUGGAAUGUGGAAUUUGAAGAAAAUUCAAUGGGACCUGGGAAAAAACCAAACUUGCGUAAUCGCAUACCAACUCCUUCUAAGAUACCAGCAUCAAGUGCUGUUGAAAUGCCACCUGAUGACUCUAGUGUCAAUAUCAAGUUCUUAGAUGUAACAUUUGGUAGCCUUGAUGUUUCUGAUGAUAUACCACAAUUUUGUGAUCAACCACAGGAACAAAAUUCAUUGCCACCUGUUGUUAAAUAUUAUGACUCAAUUGCUCAGAAAGGAGAUUCUGUCCUUACACAAACAGAACAUUCAACAAUCUCUGAUCAAGCUUCAGUUCAAACUCAAAGAUUACUUCAAGUAAAUAAACCACCUCAGCCAUCAAUUAAAAUGUUGCAGCACCCUAAUGUUCCUCAUUCAACCGAUUAUUUAACUAAAAAGAACUCUGCAGUUGCUAAUCUUUACCAAAAUAUUAAUACUGGACAAUCGACAUCAAUGUAUAAUUCUUCAGCUUAUUCUAAUAACCAUCAUGGUUUAUCCAGUCAUACAAGUGUGUAUGGUACAACUGCAUCCAACAUUGGCGGAAAUAGUUCAAAUUCUCACAAUCUCCAAUCGUCUCAGUCUAAUUAUUCAAAUUUAAAUGCUAAUUACCCUCAAACAGAAGCACAACCUCAGUUCCCUUCUUAUCCAUACCCAAAUCCUUACUCAUAUCAGCCAUCUGGAAUUUCCUAUCCUCCUAUUGUAUCAGAUGCUAAUUUAGCAUCAAUGUAUUUUACAUCAACAUACUACAAUUAUAUGCACCAAAAUAUACAUCAAACUGGGAAUACACACUUGUCUAUGUCCCCAGUUUUGUUGACUUCAACUACUAAUUCCACUAAAGAAAGUCUGACUAACUUUUAUUCGCUCAAUCCAAUGUAUCCUAGUGUAUCAUCAAGUCUGACUGGAAGAGAAACUGCUGGACCUGGUAUUUUAAAUGUUGCAAGUUAUUCGUCAGUAACAGAUUCAAGAUAUGCACAUACAGACAAUAAUGCUUCACCAGAUUCAUAUACUCUAUUUCAGCAGACGGGAACUUUGGCUCAUCAACAAAUAUUGUUAAAUCUACCUAUUGCUCCCAGUUACGCAUAUUAUUACGGGCAAAUGGUAGUACCUGCUAGUCCGUUCCAGUAUGGAACAAUGUAUUUGAUGGUCCCAGCAGCAAGUGCAACCAGUUAUGACACAGUAGCAAUAAACACAAUGUCCGGGUACAGUAAUACUGUAGCUACACCUGCUGGUAAUAACAAUGUUAAUGAAACUCUGGGAUCGUCUUCAGUCACUGGUUCAAGCAAUGACCAUGGAAGUUCAAGCAAACCUUAUGACAAACAACAACAGCCAUUUCAAUCUCCACCACUGUUUUCUGUAACUAAUAAUGAUGGAGUUGGAGGUUAUUGUAGUGCCGGCAGUUAUCCUCCAGUAUUCAAUUCUUCUAUACCUCCUGGCAACCCACAGCUUCAUCAUAUCGCACCAUUGGAGGAUCAGCAAGAACUUAGCAGUGAAAUAGACAAUAUAAGUCGUAAUCAAUCCGUAAAUCCUACAUCCAACAAGGUGAAGGUUAAAAAGAACUAUAGCUAA